UUGGCUUUUACGUGGGCCGAUAGUGGGAGAUUGAUUACGUCUCCAGGAUUUGCCGUGCAGGCAGCACACGGACUGAGAUUUGCUCUCUUAUCAGCGGUACAAAAAAAAGCGUGGAGAAAAGAAACAACGGACCUAAAAACACCUAACAGGGACUUAAUCAAGCCUUUUUUCAGUUAUUAUUUGGGCUUUUUUGCACGUCCCGUGGAGUGCGCUCUUCCCAAAAAGAGUCGUGCGGGACUUGGAAGUGUUGUGUGAGCCGGAGGUCCUCCGCAGUCCGUGGAUGUGUGGCGGUUGUACGCCGGGGAGUGGGUUGGGUCGCCCGGGUGCCUGGCGCACGUCCUCGGCAAUAAGGUGAUCGGAAGAAAGGACUCCCGAUUCUUUUGGGCUACUGGUUCCUGCUGGACGCCGAGGUGGAGCGUAGAAGCACCUUGCGUGGAAUUGUCUCGUCAAGCAGCAGGAUUCACCUUCCGAUCUUUUUCCGGGUCUGAGCAGCCGCUGAUCGUUUGUUCAUCCAGAAGGGGCGACACAUCGUCGGGGUGGCUGAGCCGGCCGAGGCACGAUGGCAACCGGUGUGCUGCUCGUCUCCUUCGCUCUAUUCGCGGGUGCCGCCGUGGCUCAGAGAGUGGUGACGGUGCAAAGCGGUCCGCUGAUCCGGACCGAGGGCUCCCACGUGACAAUCUGGUGUAACGUGACGGGCUACAAGGAAGGCGUGGAGCAGGAUUUCGAGUGGUCCAUGUACCUCCCGACCGCACCUGACCGGGAGAUCCGCAUCGUGAGCACGGCCCAGCCCAACUACGCCUACUCCGUCUACGCCCAGAGGGUGAACAGCAAGGACAUCUACGUGGAGAGGCUGAGCCGUGACUCGGCCAUGCUGCACAUCACCAAAGUGCAGGCCAAGGAUCAGGGCCUGUUUGAGUGUUACACGCCCAACACCGAUGGUCGCUACCUUGGCUCCUACAGCGCACGCACCAACCUCACUGUUAUUGCUGACUCACUGACAGUAUCAGCUCCAGCCCAGACUCUGUCCAAAGUGGAAGGAGAUACGCUCCAACUGACCUGUGAAGUUUCCCGGACCACGAUGCAACACACUCACUUGUCAGUGGGCUGGUACCUGAAAGCGCCCGAUGACGCAUCGGCCCCGCCUCAGGAGCUGCUCACCCUGUCGAAGGACUUUGUUCUGCGGUCCGGGGGUCCGUACCGCCAGAGGAUGGCGGCGGGGGACCUCAGACUAGACAAAACCAGCGCCACAUCCUACCGACUGACCAUCCACAAGCUGCAGCCGGUGGAUCAAGGCCUGCUCUACUGCCAAGCUGCCGAGUGGAUCCAGGACGCGGACGGCAGCUGGUUUGCGAUGACCCGCAAACAGAGCGACAAGACCCCGCUCCGAAUUCAGCCCACCGAUCGUGACUUCAGCAUCCAGGUGAGCACGGAGCGACGGUCCUUCACGGCCGGUGAGCCGCUGGAGCUCCGCUGCACCAUUGAGGCGCAGAACGUCCCCGAGCGAUUCUUCUCGGUGUCGUGGGUCUUCAGCAGCUCACCGGUGGCCGUGGUGGGCCCCAGUGCCGUGCCCGUCCUGGGCCCCGACUACAUGGCCCGCGAAGCCACCGGCCAUAUGACGGUGCGCAAGGAAAGCCCCAGCGUUCACCUGCUCAAGCUGCAGCACCUACGACCCGACGACGCCGGCAAAUACAUCUGCCGCGUGACGGAGCGGGAAAAGACACCCACGGGAGACUUCAUCGACCGAAGCAAGCGGUCCCGCAACGUUCAGAUCACAGUGCAGCCGCUCAAGAGCAACAUGACCGUCUUGUUGUCUAGCAAUUCGUCUGAGGUUCUGGAGGGCAACGUGAUGCAGUUGACCUGCUUGGUGCAGUCCACCACAGGCCUUCUGUCUGUCGUCUGGCAGUGGACGGACAAGGAGGGCAACGAACCCGCCCAGAGGUUGGCCUCUCUGGACAGAGACGGCACGGUUCGGCACAGCGAAGCCUACAGGGAGCGCUCCACCUAUGGCGAGAUUCGAGUUGAAAGGUCGAGGGCUGACACCUUCUUACUCUCCAUCUACAACGUCUUGCCAGAGGAUGAGGGGCAGUACAGCUGCACUGCAACUGAGUGGUUUCAAAGCGGCGCUGAAGCGGAACUCAGCUGGGUGCAGAUUGGAGAGACGUCAGACACGAAGAUGGUCACCGUCAAAACUGUCGAGUCCUCCUUCAUGGUUUCUGCCUCAUCACGGACACCAUCUGUGACCUACGGGGACUCCUUUGACCUCCUGUGCUUGGUCAAGCCCCGUCACAACCCUCGCGUCCCCACCUCGGUCACCUGGCGCUUCAUGCCGGCUGGCACGGAGGCCUCCGACGAGGACGAGGGCGAGUUCAAGGACCUGGUGACUUUCACCCGCGAAGGCACAUUGCAGUGGGGCGAACAGCUGCUCGGUUUGGGCACCCGCACCACCGUGGACCGCUCGCACUCCAACACCAACUUCCGGCUGUCCGUGACGCGGGCGGGGCGUCGCGAGGAGGGCAAGUACCAGUGCACCGCCGUUCUGUGGCGGAAAAACUACGACAACAGCUGGAGCCGAGUAGCCAACCGCACAUCUAACCUGCUCGGAAUCAGCGUCCUCCAACCAGAUAGCAAGCUCCAAGUGCAAAAGAAGAACCAGUCUCUGGUCAACCUGGAGGACAGUCGAGUCCGGAUCAAUUGCUCCAUCACCUCGCAGACCAGUCCGGACUCCCACCACGCCGUUCUGUGGUACGUGAGACGCGCCGCAGCGGGAUCGGAAGCCGACGAGCUCCUGCUGCGAAUCGAGCGAUCUGGCGCCCUGGAGUACGGCACGUACGCCGACGAGGAGAGGCUGCGACGCCGCGUGCAAGCCGAGAGGCUUUCCCCUCGCAACUACGCGCUGACCCUGAACAGAGCGGAGAGUGGCGACUCGGGGACGUACUACUGUCUGGUGGAGGAGUGGCUGAGUGACCCAGAUGGCGCCUGGUACCGUCUCUCGCGGGACAAGUCCGGGUUCACCGAGGUUCUGGUUAGACAGCCAGAGGCCCGACUUCAGGUCGAGGAGACGGAGUCAAACGUGACCGUCCCAGAGUCCGGCUCAAUCCGCCUGGGCUGCAACAUCCCCUCGCAGUCCUCCCGAUACUCCCGCUUCUCCGUGUCCUGGUACGUGGAGCGACCCGAGGACGACGACGACGAGUUGUCGACGGUAGAAGAGCAGGAAUGCGUGUUCUCCAUCGGCCACGACGCCAUCUUCGGGAAUGGCAACUGCAGCCCCAGAGAGGAGGCGGGGCCUAACUCCCGCCUGCAGUUUGAGAGGAGCGCUUCAGACCAGUACAGCCUGACCAUUCAGGGAGCCCGGCCGACCGACAGGGGGCGCUACUACUGCCACGUAGAGGAGUGGCUGCUCAACCCUCGCAACGCUUGGUACCGCCUGGCCACCAACAACUCUGGCUUCAUUACGGUCAACGUACUCCAACAAGAGUCCACCGUCAAGUCGGUGGUGUGCGCCAACGACGCGCUUUUCUACUUUGUCUUCUUCUACCCGUUCCCCAUCUUCGGCAUCCUCCUCAUCGCCCUGCUCCUGGUGCGCUUCAAGAGCCGCAACAACAGCAAGAGCCAGGAGGGCAAGAACGGCGCCCCCCUCCUGUGGAUCAAGGAACCGCACCUCAGUUACUCGCCCACCUGCCUGGACCCGCCCGCGCUCAGCCUGCACCCCGGCUCCGUGGAUUAGCGCUCCAGCCGCCGCGUCGGCCGUCACACGAGGGGAGCAGAUCAGGACGUCGCUUCCGGGAUUCCCUGUCGUUCACUGCUGUCUUGAUCCAUCAGUAGAUCGGCUGCCUCUUUUUUUUUUUUCCCCUCCGUGUGUGUUUGAGUGUGUGAGUGAGCGGCGUUGUCAUUUUUCGUGUGUGUCAGUGCUGCGUUUGAUUCAGCUAUCCUAAAUAGUGGUCUCAUUUUCAUAAAGGAGAACAAAAAAAUCAGCACACCUAAGAGAGGGAACUCUAAGCAUUGAUUGGAUGACUCCCCAACCCGAAAAGAAAAAAAAAUCUCUCGACGGUCCCGAUCCAAGAGCAGCCUGGCCUACUAAGUUGGUUGCCAUGGCGAUGCUCCGAGCCCACUGACUCCAUAGCUGGUGACUUGGCAGCCUCGCGGAGAGACAAAGGAAAGGUCCACCUGGCCCUGCUAAGAAUUUGGCCCACAAGCAAGUCCCGGCGCACCACUUUUCUACUUCCACACUGCCACACGCACACUGCGAGCAAACAAGCAUCUCCUACUCUACGUCCUGCUGAGGAUCUUCUGCAUCGUUUGCCAAGACCUUAUUCCCACUCUUGUGGUGUAAAAAGCUGAUUGGUCCUAAGGCGGCUAGUAAACGCGUCCGCUUACCUCCUGCUGUGGAUGUUUAUAGGCUCCUUUCAAUUGAAAAUUACUCGGUGGGAUUGAGAGACUGAAAUGAAGAUCUAGCACAUUUCCUUUCAAUUCGUUCCAUACUUUUGUCUUCAAAAGAGAUGUGAAAACGGACUUUUUACAUUGAUAGAAAAGAAAGAAAAAAAAGCUCGCAUCUGUCUGAAUGGAAGUAGUGUGUAGAUAUUGUAACACACAAAUACGUGGGUGGUGAGAAAUGUGUUUGUUUUAAAGAGUUUUCUAUUUAUUGUUUUAUACCUUGUUUGCAUAGCUGUUUUUUUUUUUGCUUUGAGAAUCUCGGCUGCUUCAGUUGCCUGGCAACUGAUGCCAGUAGGCUUGUUUGAUGGCGACCAUGUGCUCAAAGCUGCUCCAUUUCGCACCAAAUGAAUUGAGAGUGAGUCAGUGUUACAACACAAUGCAGCGAGGACAAAAAUGACUUGUGGCUUUAAGUGUACAUUCAGAAAAGAAUAACAAAAAAAACGCUUCUUGCUCACUUCCAAGUUUUUUUUGUGAUGCUUCGCCUCAGAAUGAUUUUUUUUUGCCUGUAUUUUUUUCCCCUCUAAGGUGGCUCAACGGGCAUGAGGCAGAAGGGGGAAAAAAAAUCGCCGUCCCUAGAAGAGACGGAAACAAACUGAGACUCGAACCUUUUCACUGCCAGACUGGACCUAAAACGAAAAGGAGGGGGGGUAGAAAUAGAACCCCCCCCGCCUUUCCUCCAACUUUGUCGUCUCAGUCGUGUCAACAUGUAUAUUGCAUGACAAAACCGCAGGAGACAUUUUAGAUGUUUUGUAAACUUGGAACUCUCCUGAGCGUCGUGUUUGUGUGACAGAGCGCCGCCCCAAAUUCCCAGUGGACUUCUUGAGCCCUGUCAUUUAACAAGCACCCCCUUUCCACUACCCCCCCCUCCCCACCACCACCACACCAUGUAAUAUUUCUUAAUACAGGGGGUCCUCUUUAUAUGACGGGCCAGGCAAAAUGUGUUUUAUAUUUAUGGCCUAGAAGUAUUUUUCAUACAAACAUUGAUUAUAAUUGAAACCUAACACUGCAUUAUAGCUUAGGUUUUUUGUUUUGUUUGUUUUUUUGGUAGAACUGUCAUAAACUGAGGAUCCCCUGUAUAUUGACGCUGUCCAACUAAAGGUAUGUACAUCCAAAUGUGAUUUGUAUGAAGAAAUCUACCAUUUGGAGAUAACGGCUCACAAUCCUGUACAGUGUUGUGUCACAAGAAUUUAGUAGGAAAUGGUACGACAAGUUGGCUCUGUGGAAUCCUAGCAAUGACACCGGACAACUCUCGGCAACAAGUCGAUGCGGCCCCACGCCAGUCGCUGACUCAAACCAGACCAAGCAACUGUAUUUCUUAUCGAACCACUAAAUCACGGUGCGGUUGUCAAGGAAGGAACGGAAUACGACAAAGAGGGAAAGAAGAGAGUGGUUAUGGCAAUGAACGAUCGCACUGUAUUCACUGACUGCAUUUCAGCAACAGAGACUCUCCGCGCUUUGCUUUGUAGACGCAGAAAUUGUAAGUAUAGUUCAGUAUUGUAAAACAAUUUGACUGUAUAUACUGUGUUGGUACAGCUUGGCAGUGCGGUGGCAGCUGGAUCUUGCUUACACAUACUACUUAGUACUUAGGUAUACUAUAUAUACAUAUAUAUAUUUUAAGCUGCAUCAUGUUCGUACCAAAUCCUACUAAAUUGGGACAUCUUAUUCUUUUUACAUUUGCUGAUUUUUAGCGCAGGACCAAUAUCAUUGACGUGGACAUAAUGCUGCGUUCAUCCAAGCCUCCCACAUCGGCAGCUUCACAUCCAAUCCCAUUAGAACAAUGUUACUGUUCCACAAUGGCCUCCAUUUUCAUGAAACCAAAGUACUUUUUUUUUUACGCGCACACAUCCAGUAUGUAUAUUAUCAUACAAGACUGGAACACACACUGCUUUUCCUUGUUGGUGUGCAUGUAAGCUGCCGUGUGGAGAUUUGCAAGGUGCUUUGUAACAUCGCCUUAUUAAAUUUCAAUGACUUUUUUUUUUUGCCGUGUACUCCUGCUCCCCAACCACCUGCAUUUCACAUUCCCCCAUGUUGUCCCCGUGGCCGGGAAGGGAAGGACCCCCACUGUUGCUGGAGCUGUAAAGACGCGCGUUCUGACUGGUGUUUUUGUAGUAAUAAUCCUAUUAAUAACAAUGACGAUAAUAAUGAGUACCAUCCCUUGGGGUCCCUUUGAGACGGUGUCGUAGCUGCCUUUGUGAGGGCUGCAUGUGUCGACUGUUUGCCGGCUCCACAUUUAGCUAUCCAAAAUAGUUUGUGGUGAUGUUUUCAGUUCAGCCCGUGAUGCUCGGUGAUGUAUUUUUAUAUCACUAUUGUUCGUUUUUUUAUUUAUUUCUUUUUUCUGUUCAUCUGUCCAAUAGUUGCCAUUGUGACCUUUAAAGAGGCACUUUGCUAUUGUCGGUUUAUUGCAAUAAAAAUACUUACAGAGAC